GGAAGGCGUGCGCCAGGUUGAGGCCGCGGUGGCGCAUGAGCCUUGUUUCUAGGUUUGAAGAGGAGAGACAUGGAAGGUGGUCAUUCUCCAGACACCUUGGACUACAAAGCCAGAGACCUGCUGGUUGGUCAGGGCAGCCAGCCCCCUGCUUCCGAGGGUUCAGAGGCACUGGACAACUACACCUUCUUCCCUAGAAGGGACAGGCCAGAAGUCUCCAGGGAGGAAGAUGAGGAGUCCGUGGGCCCCCUGCAGGAGCAGGACCUGAAGGGGGCCUAUAUCCAGCUCACCCAUGGUGUUCAGGAAUGGCAAGAUGGCUGCGUCUACCGAGGGGAGUUUGGGCUCAACAUGAAGCUUGGGUGUGGCGAGUUCUCUUGGCCCACAGGUGAGGCCUACCGCGGGCAGUUCUACCGGGACCACUGCCAUGGCGUGGGCACCUACACGUGGCCGGAUGGCUCCAGUUUCACUGGCAUGUUUUAUCUCAGCCACCGAGAAGGUUAUGGCACCAUGUACAUGAAGACAAGGCUCUUUCAGGGCCUGUAUAAAGCAGAUGAACGCUUUGGGCCAGGCAUCGAGACCUACUCCGACGGCAGCCAGGAUGUCGGGCUGUGGUUCCGUGAGCACCUCAUUAAACUGAGCACAGAGUCGUGCAACAGUUUCUCCCUACUCAACUACCCAGAGUUCUCAGCCUUUCGCACACACUCUCAGGAGAGAAUUAGUCUCUCAGAUGAGGAGAAAGUGGAAUGGGAGCCAGCUGAGGGGCAGGACCCCUUCUUCUAUGACUAUAAACGGUUUCUUCUGAAUGACGACCUCACACUGCCUCCAGAAAUGCACAUCUACUCAACCGACAACAAGCACCUACCCAUGCCAGGCUCUUUCCGAAGAGAGCUGGAUGCCAGGAUCUUCAUGAAUGAUAUUCCUCCAUUUGUUGAGGAUGGAGAGCCCUGGUUUGUAAUAAACAAGACUCCUUUGUUGGUCAAAAUUCAGAAGCAAACCUACAAGUUCAGGAACAAGAAGGCUCAUACCAGUUGGAACAUAGAUGCCAUCCUAAAGGGGAACCGCAGUGCCUUUGCACGCAGUGGGCCUAAGGAGCAGUUUGCUAAGGAAAUUAUCCUGAAGGCUGAAGCAGGAGACUAUGACUGGAUUUAUGGAAUCCUGAGGAACAACCUUACCUAUGCUGAUGUAGCAGACUCGAAGGGCUACACUGUACUUGCUGCAGCUGCUGUGCAUUGUCACAAUGACAUUGUCAACCUUCUCCUGGACUUUGGGGCGGAUGUGAACAAGCGCUCGGAUGAGGGCCUCACACCCCUCAGCAUGUGCUUCCUCCUCUACUACCCCAGCAGAUCCUUCAAGCCCAACAUUGCUGAGAGGACUGUGUCCGAGAGAUCUCCAAAAGCCCUUAUUACCUCAAAAUUUUCAUUCUCAAAUGUGGAGUCUAACUAUGAGAUGAAUGAGCCCACCUCAGGCAGUGAGGAACAGAAGCCGUCAGCAGGUGUCUCGGGUGGCAUGGAGGAGGACCUGGCCCUGGGCACUGGCCUGGGGGAGGAACAGAAGCCGUCAGCAGGUGUCUUGGGUUGCACAGAGGAGGACCUGCCCCUGGGCACUGGCCAAUGGAGCAGCCCUCUCACAUGGGAUUCCUCUUCAGUGAAGGGUGACCCGGAGCAAGGGCUGGAGGAAACAGAGGAUAACAUGGACAUCACCACCCUGAGCAGCCAUGAGACGAACUUUGAGUCCUCGCAGUGUGUACACAACUACUCCAUCAAGCUCUCGCAGGACAUCUUGGAGAAGAGCGCUCGGGCGUACAGCAUGCUGCAGGUCCCCUGCUUUGCAGACAAGGGGACUGUGAGGAGAAUGGCACAGGCCAUGCUUGAACAGAGAAGCCGCUGGCUGACCAUCCAGCUGCUGCUGCGCCGAGGUGCUGACCCCAACCUCUGCAGUGUGCCCAUGCAGGCUCUGUUCUUUGCUGUGAAGGCUGGGGAUGUGGACGGGGUGAAGUUACUGCUGGAGAGCGGGGCCAAAACUGACAUCCAGUACCCCCCUCAGCUGCGGGCUCUGACCCCACUCCACAUUGCUGCUUCUCUUCCUGGAGAGGAGGGCGUCAGGAUCACAGAGCUGCUGCUCCACGCCAUCACAGACGUGGAUGCCAGGGCGGCCGACAAGGAUGAUGUGUACAAGUCCAGCAAGAUGGACCUGUUGAUCUCGAGCCUGAAGCUCAACAAUGAACUAGGCCCGUCCAGUAUCUACUACACCCAAACCGCCACAUGUGUCCCUGAGGAGGGUGGUAGGACAGCUCUGCAUGUGGCCUGUGAACGGGAGGACAACAAGAAGUGUGCCAGGGAUGUAGUCCGGCUCCUACUCUCCCACAGAGCUAAUACCAACAUGCUGUGGAGUGGUCACUCCCCUCUCUCCCUGUCCAUCGCCAGUGGGAAUGACUUGAUCGUGAAGGAGCUCCUGUCCCAGGGAGCUGACCCGAACCUGCCCCUGACCAGGGGCCUGGGAAGUGCCCUGUGUGUUAUCUGUGACACGGCCUAUGAGCAGCAGAGGAGCAUCGACAGCAAGAUAGCUCUGAUUGACAGGCUCAUUAAUCAUGGAGCAGACAUCCUGAAGCCCGUGACGCUCACACAGGGUGACAAAGUGGCAGUGGGCACCGCUGUGGACUACGGCUACUUCAAAUUCUUCCAGGAUCGGAAGAUCGCCCACUGCCCCUUCCAUGCACUGAUGCCCGUAGAGCGAGAGACGUUUCUGACCCGGAAGAGGCUGUUGGAGCACAUGGCCAUGCAGCUGCGGCGAGCCGUCUUUGCCAAGGAAAGCCAGUGGGACACAAAGAUGCUGUACCUGAGCAAGAGAGCGGAGCUAGCUCCCAGCCACAGGCUGAAGAAGAGGGGCAGCAGCCUGUCCAAGUCCUUGAACAUGGAGAAGGAGCAACUGCCCUUCUUCAAGUUUUGCUACCAGUGUGGCCGCUCCAUCGGUGUCCGCCUGACGCCCUGCACCCGCUGCUACGGGAUCCUGACCUGCAGCAAGUACUGUAAGACCAAGGCCUGGGCGGAGUUCCACAGGAAGGACUGCAGUGACAUGAUAACCACAUUGCCCCGCUCGGAGGACACAAGCUAUCGGGUGGAAGAAAGUCAGCGAAGAAGCAGCACUUGACGCUGAGCCCAGGGAGGAGCCCAGGGCUGGACACACCUCUCACCUGCCAGCAGGGCCCGCUCCAGGCUGUGGGGGCCUAAUGCAGGACAUCUCUGCACUAUUGCGGCCUCUGUUGCGACAGUAUACCUUCACCAACCUCACAAUAAAGUGGCCCACAGUGUGUUCGUAAGUCUGUGCCCAACUCUGCCUCUACUGGGCAACGUCCAGGACCCAGGGGCCUGUGUUGGAGUAGGCUGAGCCCACCACACUGGCUAUCUACAGGAGCUGGCCUGGGUGGAGCGUUAUGCUUUAGGGGAAGUGGAAGUCCUGGUGGACAAGGCAGGUAAAGGGUCAGGAUAUGCUGAGCUCCCAGCUGGCUCAGGCUGGCUCUGCAGUUUCCUAGGAGCCACCCAGCUUUCCCGCCCAGACAAGAAGCC